AUGACAACAUGUGUUUGUCACACAGCCUGGGUGCCACUCCUCACGGUGUCUCCAUCAUGGCUGAGUCCAGGAGCCUCAGUGACUCUGAGCUGUAGGGUCAAAACCUCGUCGUCGAGCUGGGUGUUCUACUGGUACCGAGCUGUUCCUGAUCUACCCAACAAGAACUAUACGUAUGAGCUGCUGCCUGAUGGUAUCAGUGGGACCGUCGAGGAUUCUUACAUCCUUCAUGGACAGACAGACACAGCAGGAUAUGCAUGUAGAGCCAAAGGAGGAAACCCAGAGGAUCUGACUGGUUACAGUGAACCAAAGUUCGUCUGGUCUGAAGGUUCUCAUCCAGAAGCGUCUCUCACAGUGAGCCCCAGAGGAGAGAAGCUUUUCUACCUACAAGAUGUACAGUUAAAGUGUCAGGGAUCCUCUGCUGCGUGGCGAGUGAGGAAGUUUGAAACAAUUGGAUAUUCCACGUAUUUAUCGUACUGCUCCAGCUGGGGGACCAUGACUGGAUCCUCGUGUCGCUUUCUCAGUCUUUGGCCCCAGAACGCCGUGUUCUGGUGUGAGUCUGAAACAGGAGAGUUCAGCAACGCAGUCAACCUCACGUUACACAAUGAAGAUCUUCUCCUGGUGAGCCCCGUCCAUCCUGUGACUGAAGGAGCUUCUGUUACUCUGAGCUGCAGACUGAGAGGAGAAAACAAACUUUCUGAUGUGAUUUUCUAUCAUAAUGACAAACUGAUCCAAAAUGACAGCAGAGGAGAGCUGAAGAUCUCUGCAGUGUCUCAGUCAGAUGAAGGUUUCUACAAGUGUGAACAUUCAGGAGAAGUUUCACCUCAGAGCUGGAUGGCAGUUAAAGCUGCAUCCAGAACUGAAAGCUCUUCAUUUCCUUUGCUGCUGGUUGUUGGGACAGUCAGUGGAGUAGUCUUCAUUCUUCUUCUCCUCCUGCUGCUGCUGAGUCGCUUCAGGAACUCCAGAGGCUCUGAUUGUCUGGGACCCUCUGAAGGUUCUGGAAAUGAUCCACGUGAAUUCCAACAUAUCACUUAUGCUCUUGUUGACUUAAAACAUGGUGAAAAAAAGGGUGAGGCUGGGGAACCAGUGGGGGGCGCUGUUUACUCUGUUGUGAAGACAGGAGCUACAGGAACGUUCAGUGAUUCUGAAAAAGUCUGUCAG